CAUAAAUCAGUAUUAACUGUUCUUAAACUUGAAUUCUUUCUGGAAAAGGUCCGUCAGUGGGCGGUGCUACUGGAGGAGUUUAUCCUCACUGACUGCAGUUUCACUAAACCACUUUACAACAGACCGGCAACACGUUUGACUUUUUCAAGAGUGCGAGAACUGAUUAUUAUAAAAUUUCUGUUGUGUGAAACCACUUAGAGAACUGAAGAAAAUGUUUGAUUUGUUUAUUUUCUUCUGUUUGUUCUCCUGCAGUCUGGCUGGAGUGUCUGGUGUUGAUGAAGUGAAGUCAGUGUCAGUGACUGAGGGAGAAUCUGUCACUCUAAACACUGAUACUGAAAUACAGACAGAUGAACUGAUAGCCUGGAGAACUGGACACAACAAUCUCAUAGCUAAAAUCAAAGGAAAUAACUUCGAGAGAUUCAGAGACAGACUGACACUGGAUGAGAAGACUGGAUCUCUGACCAUCACAAACACCAGAACCACAGACUCUGGACUUUAUAAAGUCACCGGCAGCAGAUCAAAGACACCGCUCAACAUAUUCAAUCUUACCGUCUAUGCUCGUCUGCCAGUUCCUGUCAUCAGCAGAGACUGUUCCGUCCUCAGACUGUCCCCAAAUUGUUCAGUGGUGUGUUCAUCAGUGUUGAGUGUGUGUGAUGCGACUCUGUCCUGGUACGCAGGAAUGAGUGUAUUGUCCAGCAUCAGUGUGUGUGAUCUCAGCAUCAGUCUCUCUCUACCUCUGGAGGUGGAAUAUCAGGAUAACAACACUUACAGCUGUGUGCUGAACAAUCCCAUCAGCAACCAGACCACACAUCUGGACAUCAACACACUCUGUCACACAUGUGCAGACUAUAUCCACUGUUGUGGUUUCACUGAAGCUGUGAUCCGAUUGGCUCUCUCUGCUCUGGUGGGCGUGGCUACUGUUGCUGUUCUGGUUUAUGACAUCAGAUCCUGAAGUCUUCAACAGAAGAAGAGAGAGCAAACGCCAUCAAACUCUGAUUAAUCAGAUACUCAGGAAGGUGGAGAUGUUCUUAAACGACUGUAGGCAAUAUAUUAAAAGAAACCCUUGAGGAAGUUGCAUUCAUGAAUAAAUAUAAUUUAAGGGAUUAUUGAUUAAUUGUAUCAAAUGUAGAUUCUCCUUUUAUUAAGAAUCCACGAUAUUUAAAAUGAAUAAAGACAUUUGCUUUCCACCCCCUCUUAUCCCAAUGAUCAUUUGAGUUCCUAAGGCACAGAUGAGCUGAUAGUAGCCGCAUUUCCACUGCCGGGCUAGGGCUGGGCCAGAGCAAACAGCGAGCCGAGUCGAGCCAGUGGCCUCGGGCCUCAAGCACCGGGCUUGCAUUUCCACUGCCGGGCCAGUAGCCCCACAACGCUGCCCUAAACCCCGCCCCUUACACGCCUUUCUGGAUCAAAUGUCAUACAACCCAGCCCAUUUCAGCGGGUUUUAUGAAUUAAUUUAUUUUUUAAGUUAGGAAGAUAUUAGAUAACAUGUAUAUUAACUCACUGGCCGUGGCUGCAAUAGUUUCCCAAUUGUCUCGCGAGUCGCCACUAAUAGAGGGACGGUGACCCAGCACACCGUCCAUCAAGUCGAACCAUGGAAAAAUCCUUCUCUGAACUCCGCUUUGUCCAUUGUGCAUUUUAAUUGCCUUGUACAAUACUGCGCCCGCAACUUUUUUAUUUUUUCCUGAACUUGAAGCGUUACUCGCUGAAUGCUUAGCUUAGAAAGUUCAGCAUCGAUGUAUUUCGUAACAUCCUUGUUUCUUUACACGCCGUGACGUCAUACAAAUUGACGUCGUACCCUUUCUUCUGCCCAAAUGCUCAGAAAAGCUGUGGUAUCCUCGACAUACCAGUACAGGCGAUUCUCCAUUUCAAGCAGCGAUUUUUUUUUUUUUUUUUUUUUGCGCGAUAUUG